CGACGGACUACAGUUUCCAGAGUGCCCUGCGGCGACGGGCGGGGCCCGGGAACGCCCGCAGCCAAUUAGGGGGUCUGAGGGCGCAGCCGGGGCGCUGCAGGUGGAGCCGGGCCGGUGGGCGGGCGCGGGCUGUGUCCCAGACCGCAUCCCGGGGCUCCCGGGCAGGGUGUGGGGCUCGGCGUGACAGAGGCCGGCACGCGGGAGGAGUCCCCGGGGACAGGACCUAACGGGGGCGGGGUCCUCGGCUGCUCGAGCGGUUCCGGGUGCUCCGGCGGCGCUCAGCCCGGGGCGCACUUGAUCGCGAUCCAGCUGCGGGGAAGGGCGGGUCUGGUGAGAACCCCCCAGCGCCUCGGCGUCCUCCGGCCCCUCCUCCUCGAGGCCGCCGAAGCCACUGCCCGAGGCGCAGCCGGCGCCACCUCGCCCCCUGGCUCGCGCGCCCCCCAGCCAUGGCUUUCGCCAAUUUCCGCCGCAUCCUGCGUCUGUCUACCUUCGAGAAGAGAAAGUCCCGCGAAUAUGAGCACGUCCGCCGGGACCUGGACCCCAACGAAGUGUGGGAGAUCGUGGGGGAGCUGGGCGACGGCGCCUUCGGCAAGGUUUACAAGGCCAAGAACAAGGAGACGGGAGACUUGGCCGCCGCCAAAGUGAUCGAGACCAAGAGCGAGGAGGAGCUGGAGGACUACAUGGUGGAGAUCGAGAUCCUGGCCACCUGCCAGCACCCCUACAUCGUGAAGCUCCUGGGGGCCUACUACUACGACGGGAAGCUGUGGAUCAUGAUCGAGUUCUGCCCUGGGGGAGCCGUGGACGCCAUCAUGCUGGAGCUGGACCGAGGCCUCACCGAGCCCCAGAUUCAGGUCGUUUGUCGCCAGAUGCUCGAAGCCCUCCACUUCCUGCACGGCAAGAAGGUCAUCCACCGGGACCUGAAGGCCGGCAACGUGCUGAUGACCCUGGAGGGCGACAUCAGGCUGGCUGACUUUGGUGUGUCUGCCAAGAAUCUGAAAACUCUGCAGAAACGAGAUUCCUUCAUCGGAACGCCUUACUGGAUGGCCCCCGAGGUGGUGAUGUGUGAGACCAUGAAGGACACCCCGUACGACUACAAGGCCGACAUCUGGUCCCUGGGCAUCACGCUGAUCGAGAUGGCGGAGAUCGAGCCGCCGCACCACGAGCUCAACCCCAUGCGGGUCCUGCUCAAGAUCGCCAAGUCGGAGCCCCCCACGCUGCUCACGCCCUCUCGGUGGUCUGCGGAGUUCCGAGACUUCCUGAAGACCGCCCUGGAUAAGAACCCAGAGACCCGGCCCAGUGCCGCGCAGCUCCUGGAGCACCCCUUCGUCAGCAGCAUCACCAGUAACAAGGCUCUGAGAGAGCUGGUGGCGGAGGCCAAGGCCGAGGUGAUGGAGGAGAUUGAAGACGGCCGGGACGAGGGGGAAGAGGAGGACUCCGGGGACACCACCUCGCCUCUGGGGAACCACGCACCCGCCUCUUCCGAGGCGACUCAGGUGAGCCUCGGUGCCGACAAGGAGCCACUCAGCACCGCAGUGCCACCCAGCCAGCCUCAGGACAGCGUGAACGGGCCCAGCCAGCCCUCUGGGGACGGACCCCUGCAAACCACCAGCCCCCCAGAGGUUGCCCCUGAAAAGGAGAACAGCCUAGCCGUGCCCGUGCCCCUGCGCAAGACCCGGCCAGUGUCCAUGGGCCCCAGGAUUCAGGCGCCCGAGGAGAAGCAAGUUGCUGAGCAGGGCGGGGGCCUCGGCCCAGCAGCCAGCAGCCGGUCUUCGAAGACAAGCCAGAGCCGGCCCAACAGCUGCGCACUGGAGGCCUUGGCCAGCGAGAAGCUGGCCAACGGCAACGUGGAGCUGCCCGCCCAGGCCUCUCCUCGCCCGGCCAAGAGGGACUCGGACUGCGGCAGCCUCUCCACCUCUGACAGCAUGGACUACGGUGCCUCCCUGUCCACCGACCUGUCCCUGAACAGGGAGUCGGGUUCGCUGUCCAUCAAGGACUCGAGGCUGCACAAUAAAACCCUGAAGAGGACCCGCAAGUUCGUGGUGGACGGCGUGGAGGUGAGCAUCACCACCUCCAAGAUCAUCAGCGAGGACGAGAAGAAGGACGAGGAGAUGAGAUUUCUCAGGCGCCAGGAACUCCGAGAGCUCCGGCUGCUCCAGAAGGAAGAGCACCGGAACCAGAACCAGCUGAGCAGGAAGCACGAGCUGCAGCUGGAGCAGAUGCAGAAGCGCUUUGAACAGGAAGUCAACGCCAAGAAGAAGUUCUAUGACACGGAGCUGGAGAACCUGGAGCGGCAGCAGAAGCAGCAGGUGGAGAAGAUGGAGCAAGACCACGCCGUGCGCCGCCGGGAGGAGGCCAAGCGGAUCCGCCUGGAGCAGGAGCGGGACUACACCCAGUUCCAGGAGCAGCUCAAACUGAUGAAGAAGGAGGUCAAGAACGAGGUGGAGAAGCUCCCCAGGCAGCAGAGGAAGGAGAGCUUGAAGCAGAAGAUGGAGGAGCAUGCGCAGAAAAAGCAGCUUCUUGACCGGGACUUCCUGGCCAAGCAGAAGGAGGACCUGGAGCUGGCGAUGAAGCGGAUCACGGCCGACAACCGGCGGGAGAUCUGUGACAAGGAGCGCGAGUGCCUCACCAGGAAGCAGGAGCUCCUUCGAGAGCGGGAGGCUGCGCUGUGGGACAUGGAGGAGCAGCACCUGCAGGAGAGGCACCAGCUGGUGAAGCAGCAGCUCAAGGACCAGUACUUCCUCCAGCGGCACGAGCUGGUGCGCAAGCACGAGAAGGAGCGGGAGCAGAUGCAGCGCUACAACCAGCGCAUGGUGGAGCAGCUGAAGGUGCGGCAGCAGCAGGAGAAGACUCGGCUGCCCAAGAUCCAGAGGAGCGAGGGCAAGACGCGCAUGGCCAUGUACAAGAAGAGCCUGCACAUCAGCGGGGCGGGCAGCGCUGCCGAGCAGCGUGAGAAGGUCAAGCAGUUCUCCCAGCAGGAGGAGAAGAGGCAGAAGUCGGAGCGGCAGCAGCAGCAGCAGAAGCACGAGAACCAGAUGCGGGACAUGCUGGCACAGUGCGACAGCAACAUGGGCGAGCUGCAGCAGCUGCAGAAUGAAAAGUGUCACCUCCUGGUAGAGCACGAGACCCAGAAGCUGAAGGCGCUGGACGAGAGCCACAACCAGAACCUGAAGGAGUGGCGGGACAAGCUUCGGCCACGCAAGAAGGCGCUGGAGGAGGACCUGAACCAGAAGAAGCGGGAGCAGGAGAUGUUCUUCAAACUGAGCGAGGAGACGGACAGCCCGGUCCCCGUGACCCCCAGCAAGGCCACCAAGUUCUUCCCCUACAGCUCUGCGGACGCCCCCUGACAGCCCCCCAGGGCCUCGGCUGGCGGGUCGGUGGGCUUCCGGGGUCCCCCCCCCCCCCGUUCUCUGUGAACCGGUAACUCAGGACCCCUUUUCCCUCACACUUCCCUGCCAGCUCCAGUCCAGCCCCUUGCCUGUGCGACCCCAGUGUGCCUGGCUUCUCACUCACUCACUCUCGGAGGGUGAGGUUUUAUUGUGCCGCCCAAUUUUCAUGUGUUCUCUUGGAACCCCAGGCGCCUCCGAGCUGUUGGAGGUUUGGGCUGUGGGUGGGGCAGGGUCUGAGAGCAGCGUGUGGCCUGUGGCCCCCAGGCCCCCUUCCCCACCCCCGUGUGCCCCGGCACCAGUGAUGUCUGUGGGCGCGAAGUGCUGCCGCUGAAAUCGCCGUGGGCUCGUCUAUCGGUCGUCAUUCUUGGAGGCUUUUUGGCCUUUCCCCGCGGUGUCAGACAAGAAUCAUGGCUCCUAACAAUCAUGCUCAGGGGUGCCCUCCUUUCUCCAGUCCCCCCCCCGCCGUGUGCCUUGCUCUUGAGGCCAUGUCUGCGGUGCGGGGGAGCUGGCCCGUCCAUUCUGCUGGGCUCAGGUGUUUUGUGCCACCUUCUGUUGCACCCCUCGCCCCUCACACACGAAGGGCUUGGGCCCUGGUAUUACCAGGCUUGCGCCCACCCUGGGCCUCCCUUGCUGGCUGGUUUGGACUCUGCGGCCUGAGCCCUAUGGGGUAGAGCCGCUGGUAGGGGGUGUGCCGGGUGCUGGCACCGGAGGCACCAGACGGCACGGGGUGAAUGGCCUGUGACUCCUUUGCGCCCCCAGGUGGUAUCCUGUGGUCAGGGAUAAACCCCUCACCACACUUCCACGACCCAGUCUGUUUCCAUCUCACACUUGCCUGGGGGGUACGGGGAGGCUGUCCCCCUCGGCCCUGUGCUCCUCCACCUCCAGGAGCCCAGCCCUAGACUUCAGACGGAGGCUGGAGGUCACGGGGACUUCUGCUCAGGAAGCAAAAGCAUCAGGGAGAAACACGAUGCUUCCUGCCUCCGCCCCGCCCGCCCGCCGACAUGGCAGAAGCAAGGCUUCUGUGGCACAAACAGAAUCCCGGGGCUGCGGCUCGCUCAGCUGGCGCCCGGGUUCCAGCCCCCAAGGCCGCAGAGUGUCAAUAACACAGUGGAGGCAGAAGCUCCCACGGCAUUCGGCCGAUUCACAGAGAAAACCUUUGUUGCCUUUGUUUCUAACUUGAAGCAAGUAUAAAUGAGUGGUUUCUUCAGGAAGAUACCUAAUGUAAAGGGUCGAGAAAACCGAGGGUGAUUUCGAGGAAUCCUGUGGGCCCGCUGGGUCUGGGUGCUGUUUUGCUGGUGGCGGGGCGGCUGCCGCACCUGGGGAGGAGUGUCCUCCUUCACUCCUUACGGUUAGAAGCUUUGUCUUUCUAAAGCAACUUCCUGGGAGCCUCACUGGCACUGGCUGUCCUCCCGCCCUCCCGGAUCUUGCAGAGGGAGGGGAGCCAUUCCAAAGGAGAAGGGCCUGGGGUCCCCGAGUCUCACAGAUGCACCGAGGAUGCUCUGGAGGCCGGGGGAGGGGAGGCGGUGUCCUCCCAGGCUGGUGCGAGUGCUCAGCCCGCCUGCCGCAGUGUUUGACCCAGGUGGGGCGCUCGUCAGGGAUGAACAAAUGAACCGUGAACCGAUGGUCCCCUUGGACCCUCUCAGGUACCCGGGUGCUGGAGAACGAGAGCCAGCAGCGGUGUGAGGACGAUGGGGGCUUUGUUUACAACACACGGCCCUUUGCAGCCCAGGUGUGAGAUGAGCAGCAGGUGAGGUGCCGGUUCUGUGGCCCAGACAAGCCUUCGGUCAUUCUCUGCUCUGGCUUGUCACGCACGCUGGAAUCUUGAAGGAGUUGCUGCUUUCCUGCUCAGGGCCGCCCGAGCCCUCAGAGGCCCCCUGUUCUUGCCGGGUGGGGUCUGGCGGGGUCUCCCGGCCGCACCCUUGGGCCAGUGUGCAAUGCCCGUCGCCGGGGAGGCCCGCACGGUGUUCCUCGUUCCCUGCGCUGAUGUUUCCUCUGGAAGGAACGGAUGAAACUGUUACUCAUUCUCAGUCGAUUGAUCGCAGAAUAAAUAUAACUAACUUAUAUUUUCCCUUCGCGAAGGAUAUUAGUUAUUUUUUAUGUAGGUUCCAAACUUUAUACGAGACUUUUGUAAAAUGUUCUUUGCAAAGUUAACUGCGAGAAUGUAAAUAUGCUUCUAAUAAAAUAACAAAGGGAGAGACUCU